CCGCCUCGUCGUGAUGACGUCAGCGCUGACGCGUUUAUUUAGCGUCAAGUCUUAAGAGCUGAGCUCGUCCUCCUUCAGUUCAGCUGUAAAUACUGGAAUAUUCCCAUCAGUUUACAAGUGAAGACGAGCAUCAGACCAUCAGGAAGAAGAGAAAUCUGCAAAGACAGAGUUUAUUGAAGGACAGUGAGAAGAUGAGUGAUCCAGAACCCUGCAGAAUUAAACAGGAAGAGACUGAAGAACUAAUAGAUGUGAAGCAGGAGAGUGAAGAACUGAGUGAAGAUGAGGAGAAACAUCAGGUCAAGAGUGUAGAAGAAACUCAAUCAGAGACUGAACAAAGUAUUUUAAUGGUAAGAACAGCGGUUAAAGAUUUGACCUGCACUCAGUGUGGAAAGACUUUCAAGCGUAAAAACACUCUGAAUCAUCACAUGAUGAUCCACACUGGAGAGAAACCGUACAAGUGUUCACACUGCGACAAGAGAUUCAGAUAUUCAGGACAACUGAAAAAACAUGAGAGGAUCCACACUGGAGAGAAACCGUACAAGUGUUCACACUGCGACAAGAGAUUCAACGAUUCAGGACGCCUGAAAACACACAAGAUGCUGCACACUGGAGAGAAACCUUACAAGUGUUCACACUGCGACAAGAGAUUUCGGGAUUUAGAAAACCUCAAAAUACAUGAGAGGAUUCACACUGGAGAGAAACCGUAUCACUGCACUGAUUGCGGGAUGAGUUUCAGACAUGUAUCUUCUCUAAGAACACACACAGAAAUCUUUCACAACCCGAUGGUGAAGCUGGAGGAAAGUGUCAAUAGUCAACAUUCAUGCUCCGAGUGUGGAAAGAGUUUUGCACAUCAUUCAUUUUUAAAAACACAUCAGAAGAUCCACAGUGCUGUGAGAGAGUUUGUGUGCUUUGUGUGUAGAAGGACUUUUAUUAGAGCUAGAGGCUUGAAACGACACCUGGUAAUUCACACUGGAGAGAAACCGUACAAGUGUUCACACUGCGACAAGACAUUUGGUUGGCCGGAAAACUUGAAAAAACAUGAGAGGACUCACACUGGAGAGAAACCGUACAAGUGUUCGUACUGCGACAAGACAUUCGGUUGGUCGGAAAACAUAAAAAAGCAUGAGAUGACCCACACUGGAGAGAAACCGUACACUUGUACUCAGUGCGGGAAGAGUUUCACACAAUCAACAUCCCUUAAGAAACACAUGAAGAUCCACACUGGAGAGAAAACCAGGUACAGCUUAUUAAAGCGACAAUCUGCGACUAGUUUCUGCAUUGAGUUCACCUCUAUCUGUGUGUCUGCUGACCAGAACAAUACAGCAGGCAGAGAGCAGCUCCGAGAGUCUACAGGUGAAGACGAGCAUCAGACCAUCAGGAAGAAGAGAAAUCUGCAAAGACAGAGUUUAUUGAAGGACAGUGAGAAGAUGAGUGAUCCAGAACCCUGCAGAAUUAAACAGGAAGACACUGAAGAACUAAUAGAUGUGAAGGAGGAGAGUGAAGAUGAGGAGAAACAUCAGGUCAAGAGUGAAGAAGAAACUCAAUCAGAGCCUGAACAAAGUAUUUUAGUGGAAAGAACAGAAGUUAAAGGUUCGACCUGCACUCAGUGUGGAAAGAGUUUCAGGGACAAACACAUUCUCAAGCAUCACAUGAUGGUCCACACUGGAGAGAGACCUUACAAGUGUUCACACUGCGACAAGAGAUUCAGAUAUUUAGGACACAUGAAAUUACACGAGAGGAUUCACACUGAAGAGAAACCUUACAAGUGUUCGCACUGCGACAAGAGAUUCCGACAAUCAGGACUAAUGAAAUCACACGAGAGGAUUCACACCGGUGAGAAACCACACAAGUGUUCACACUGCGACAAGAGAUUCCGACAUUUAAGACACCUGAAAUCACAUGAGAGGAUUCACACUGGAGAGAAACCGUAUCACUGCGCUGACUGUGGGAUGAGUUUCAGACAUAAAGCUUCUCUAAAAAUACACACACGAAACUUUCACAACCCGGUGGUGAAGCACAAGGAGAUCAGUGUCAAUUAUGAACAUUCAUGCUAUUUGUGUGGAAAGAGUUUCAUGGAUCAAUCAAGUUUAUGGAAACAUCAGAGGACUCACACUGGAGAGAAACCGUACACGUGUACUCAGUGUGGGAAGAGUGUUGGAAAACUAUCACACCUUAAUCAGCACAUGAAGAUCCACACUGGAGAGAGACCGCACACAUGUGAUCAGUGCGGCAGAUCGUUUUUUAGACCUUCAGAUCUGAAGAAACAUCUUAUGCUUCAUACAAACCAGAAGCCUCAUUCCUGCUCUGAGUGUGGAAAGAGUUUCGCGCAUCAUUCAUAUUUAAAAAAACAUCAGAAGAUGCACAGUAGCGUGCGAGAGUUUGUGUUUGUGUGCUUUGAGUGUGAGAAGAGUUUUGUUACACCUGGAAGCUUGAGACGACACCAGAUUACUCACACUGGAGAGAAACCGUACACAUGCACUCAGUGCGGGAAGAGUUUCACUCAAUCGUCAACCCUUAAGAAACACAUGAAGAUCCACACUGGAGAGUAAACUAGCUCUGCUUCCAUCCAAAGAUGCAAACAAAAGCGAUUCGCAAACUGGAAUAUCGCAUAAAACAGUGCUCCCCAGCCUUUUUAUCAGCAGUGACCGGGACAACGCUUGACAAUUUUACCGCGGACCAGGGGGUGCGGUGGCUCGUAGGUUGCUAGGCGAUCAUCGACCGUUUACUCAGAGGAUGACAAGCUGACAAAACAUUGCUGCAGCUCUGAUACAAGUUGUAUUUAUGGAGAAAAUAACAAAGCACUGCAGUGUUUGGGUGAUAAUUAGUCUACCUUAAUAUGUAUAUUCCAUACAAUGUAUGAAGCUUAUUGGUUAGAUCUUGACAUGUGAGACGAGAUGCACUCAUGGGAUUUAUUUAAAUGGGUGCGUCUGGAAGGUGCGAGUGUGCUACUACACUUGCGCACGCAAGCCACACACAUCUAUUGAAAUAAUGAACCUGCACGAAAUACGCGCUAUGCGAACGACUCCUCAAAGGCUGCCGUCAUUUGCGAUCUCCAACUGUUGAUCUUCUUGCAAAGACAUGCUGGAUUCACCUGAUUUGUCGACAAAUGGGUUGCGGAACCAUUCCUUGGCAGUUUGUGAGUCCUUCACUGGGCCUUUUCCCCUUAGCAAAGAAUCUUUCCUGAGUUAAAUGUGGGCGUUCAAAUGACCAAGAUGUAGUUGAGAGAAUAUGGUCAUUUUUCAAAAUAAGAAAUCGUGCAUUCAUUCGUUUACUUUUCGGCUUAGUCCAUUUAUCAUCCUGGAGUCGCCACUGCUGAAUGAAUUAACUUAUCCAGCUUAUGUUCUACGCAGCGGAUGCCCUUCCAGCUGCAACCCAUCACUGGAAAACAUCCAUACACUCUCAUUCACACACAUACACUACGGACAAUUAAGCCAACCCAGUUCCCCCUAUAGCGCAUGUAUUUGGACUUGUGGGGGGAACCGGAGCACCUGCAAACAUGGGGAGAACAUGCAAACUCCACCCAGAAAUGCCAACUGAC